CCACCAGCGAACCCUUCUUUCCUCAUCGCCCCUGCCCCCUCUGCCCCCCUGCGCUCUACCCUGUCGACCUCCCUCCCGCUGCCUCACCGCCGGCCUCGAUUGGAGUCGGAAUCAGAUUGGUAGAUGGAUCACCACAUGCAAAAUCAACGCAGGACUACCAUGAGCGACGAUGGAGACCAUACCUGCCCGCUCUGUGCUGAGGAGAUGGACAUCACUGACCAGCAGCUCAAGCCAUGCAAAUGCGGCUAUGAUAUCUGCGUCUGGUGCUGGCACCACAUCAUAGACAUGGCUGAAAAGGAGGAGACAGAGGGCCGCUGCCCUGCAUGCCGCACUCGCUACGACAAGGACAGGAUUGUCAAGAUGACUGCCACUUGUGAGAGGAUGGUACCGGAGAAAAAUGCAGAGAAGAAGCACAAGACCCAGAAGGUUAAGCCAAAGGCAGCAGCACCUGCAGCAGCAGCAGCAACAACAUCUACCGUAGAAGCUAAGAAGCAUCUGGCUAGUGUCAGGGUUAUCCAGAGGAAUUUGGUGUACAUAAUUGGGCUACCUGUACAUUUGUGCAAUGAGAGUGUACUUGAGCGUACGGAAUACUUUGGUCAAUAUGGGAAAGUUUUGAAGGUUUCAGUUUCCCGUCCGUCUGGGCCUCCUUCCCAGCAGGCUUCAGCAAACAACAAUAUUAGUGUAUAUAUUACUUAUGCCAAAGAAGAAGAGGCCAUCCGGUGUAUUCAAUCUGUACACAAUUUUGUCUUGGAAGGAAAAGUGUUAAGAGCAUGCUUUGGUACUACGAAGUAUUGCCAUGCAUGGCUGCGGAACAUGACAUGUGGGAAUCCAGAUUGCCUCUAUUUGCAUGACAUAGGCAGUCAGGAGGAUAGUUUUACUAAAGAUGAGAUCAUCUCAGCAUAUACGAGGACCAGGGUCCCCCAGAUGGCAUCUAGUGUUUCGCAUAGACGUGCAGGCAUUGUAUUGCCUCCCCCAGCUGAUGAUUUCUCUUACAGUGCGGUGGUAUCAGCCAAGCAUACAAUCAAGAAUGGAACACUUAAUACCACCAACCAGCCAAGGCUUUCACCUCCAAACAGUAGUUCUGGGAGGUCCACGCUUCCACCAGCUGCCUCAUGGGGGCAUCGUGAUUUGAGUGCCAGGACAACAACUAUCGGGGUGACAUUAUCAGAGACUCAUACAAAAACGAAGUCGAAGCCUCAAAGUAAUUCAUUUUCAAGUUCUUCAACAAUUUCGAGUACAAGAAUACCUUCUUCAUGGAAUGACGAUACAAGUACAGCACCAGCAACGUCUGAAGGAUGGCAGUUGUCGGAACAAGAUAGUACAUCAAAAACCUUACAGCCAUAUAAGCCUGGUAUUGCAAAGGAAACACAAGCUGUAUCAUCAUUGGAGUCAUCAGUGGACAUAGAUUUCUCUACAAUACCUUCAGCUUGGAACGACGAUGACAUUGCAGUGUCAGAUGGGAUGACAAAGGGAAGUGAGGAUCAAGUUGCAAAUGAAAAUGGAAAGCUAACCCAUCUAGUGUCUAAGUCGCCAGUAUCACCUAAGAAAGACAUGACAGUGAACAUUACCAACAAAACUCCUCCAGACUUUGUACCAAGUCUAGCGAUAUCGAAAUCAGAUGUAAAGACUUGUGACAGUGACUGCUCAAUUACCAAUAUUGCUCCUAAAAGCCCUACUUCAAAUGCUGUACACUGCCAAUCUAGUCAUGCAGUCGGUGAGAAAAUACUUGAGGAUAAUAGAACCCGGGACGCUGUCAUUCAGAAUCUAUCUAGUCAUGCAAUCGGUGAAAAGUUACUGGAGGAUAAUAGAACCCGGGAUGCUGGCAUUGAGAAUCUAUCUGUUCAGAUGUCUUCAGUAACAUUAGAUGGCAAAUAUGAGGUUCAUAGUGUUGUAGGAAAUCAUAAACCAGAUGCAAUGCUAUGCACAUCUGUUGUGGUGCCCAUGGGUCAGAAUUUUGACAAAGACCAAUCUCAUCUGAAGCUUGAUGGGUCCCUACCUUCAGAAAAUAAGGAUACUGUUCUUUCUUGUCUAUAUAGUGCGGACAGUCAUCUUGAUUGGAGUUCAGAGCUGCAAAGCUGUACUGCGACUCCUUCAAAUGAUAUAGUAAAUUCUUCAAUUAUUACUGAGACACUUAAUAGUAGGUUGAUGGAUGGUUCAGCCAAACCAUCAUAUUCAUCAUUUGCCCGUUUUCCCAAUACAUUAGAUACUUCGUUGUGGAAGGAUACAGAAACUAACCCUGCAUUGAAGAUUGGCACUAGAAAUUCCUCACAGAUGCAGACUGGAUUUUCUUCAAUCAAUAACACUUGUUCCUUGUUAAGUGGAGGUCAAGAUGUGCUAGGGACUGCAUAUACACUUGGUGAUGUUUCUGGACAUCCUGGAAUGGGACGUCAUCAGCCUGGAGCAAUGGGUUCAGUAAGAACUGAUAGUGUAGGAAUUUUUGACAGGACUGUAAGUGUAAAUAAAGAUGAGAGCAGGAUAAUUUCUGAUAUGUUGUCAUCUGAGUUUAAUCCGUGGGAUGAUUCAUAUUCAACUGCUAACAAUUUUGUUAGGAUGCUUAGCGAAUCUGAAAAUAAUGAUGUUCCUUUCACAAUGCCUUCAUGGAGAUCAGGAUCUGGCAGCAAAGAGUCAAGAUUUUCGUUUGCUAGACAGGAUAACCAAGGAAACUUCUUGGAAUCAUCUCUCAGAAACUCUGGUAAUGAGCAGAAUUUUGGUUUGCUACCCCAGAUUUCCCAAGGAAAUGUUUACCAGAAUGGCCUUGCAUUCCAAUCCGUAGAGAAUGAUUUUUCCAGUAGCAAUUCUCUUGCUGUGUCAGAAAUGGCAACUACUGGUACAUCAUGGUCUAAAGUAUCUGCACCUCCGGGAUUUUCAGCAGCAGCAAGAGUCCCCCCUCCUGGAUUUUCUUCUGGAUUUCCAUCCCAAGAUGGUAUUAAUCCACCUCCUGGGUUUUCUUCUGGAAUUUCAUCUCAUGAUGGGUCUAUACCCCCUCCUAGAUUCCCUUCUGGAAUUUCAUCUCAGGAAGUGUCUAAGCCCCCACCUAGAUUGGCUUCUCCAUUUUCUUCGGGGUUUUCAUCUCAGGAUGGGCCUAACUCUCCUUCUAGAUUCCCUUCUGCAUUUUCUUCUGGAUUUGCAUCACAGGGUCGGUCUAAUCAAGUGUAUGGCUCAAAAUACUCAGAAACUCUUCUCCGGGAUAAUGUUUUGGGCAGCAACAGUAAUCAUUAUCAAGCUCCGUUUCGCAGACACACAAGUGACGUAGAAUUUAAUGAUCCUGCUAUAUUGGCUGUGGGCAAAGGGCGAAUGCCUGGAAUUGGGGAUUCAGGGCUGGAGAUGAAUAAUACCCCUACUUUCCCAGCACAGUUGCAAACAUCAAAUAAUGACCUUAUGUUUCAGUUAUGCAUGCAGCCGAAUGUGCCGUCUCAUCAGAACAUGAGAUUCACAGACCAUAUGCAGGAUGCCUUCAACCCUAUGAAUGAUAAUCACCUGGCUUCCAGAUUUUUAGCGCAGAAUCAUGGUGCCGUAUCCCCUUACUCGCAGAGGCCCCAACAACCUGGAAACUCACAGCUUAUAAAUGGUCAAUGGGAUGGAUGGAGUGAUUUGAGACAAGGGAGUAAUACCCCUUUGUCAGACAUGUUAAGGAUGCUAUAUCCAAGUGAAGCGAACAACUUGCACAUGCUGGGUUCAAAUGAUAUUUAUAACGGAGCCUUCAGAAUGUGAUUUGUCUCAUGGCAGAUGCAAUUUUGACUUGACAUGUUCUUACGUGGGGCUUUUGUGGAGUUGUGAAAGUAACUGGUUGCCCGGUACAUAGUCUGUCUGAUGUGGGUACUGGUUGUUGUGCUUCUGAGCUGCAACAUGAGUUUUUAUUGGGAUUUUAGUUGAGCAACAUGAACCUGAGCUUUGGUUCAGCCCUUUGAAAUCACCAGUAUGCAAAAGAUGCGCCGAGAUGAGCCAAGCAACUGAAGGUGAAGUAGAUGUGGUCCAUGGGAAAGAGUUUAAGAAGCUAGGGUCAGAAGAGCAUCUGCAAGUGUGCUGUAUAUAUUUCGAUGCUUGAAACACCAAAUCAGAACUGAUGCCCCAUUUUAUUUAUUUUUUUUGCUGCAAUGUGUGCAAAUCUUGUGUGGGGUCCAUAGUUCAAAUAGACAGGCAGAAAAGGUACGUUUUUCCCUCCUCUCAAGUGCAUUUGCCAAGCAGAAAGGUGGCAUGGCUUGACAAGAAUGAAUCUACAUCUUUGAGGGCCCCCCCCUCCUUGUGUCUGUUGGCCUACAGGCAGGCAGGCAGGCAGGCAGGCUGGAAUGGAUGAUGUUGAUGAUGAUGCUUAAUGCGUUGAUAUAGUUAUCUUUGUAAUGAUGAUACGGUGCCUGUAACUUGGCAGUGGUUGCACAAAGCCACAAAAUCCUCCGUUGGGGGGCUGGAUGUAUCUAUCUAUCAAGAGAGAGGAAUAAGUUUUUUUUAAGGCGUGUAACAAGAAAGUCGUACCUGUAUA